AUGGCUCCUUUGCUUGGCGGGUCGCACACCAGCGAAGCCGCUGCCAAGACCUCGAAGGCCCUCUACUCGGAACCUCUCUUGCGACUUGAUUUAAAUUCAUCACGACGUUUGAUCCGCGUUCUUGAUCUGCUGCCAGGUCGUAGAGCGGCCCCGAUCCGGGCACGACUGCGGGUGGUAUCGCUCGACAACUACCCUUGCCCCUAUUACGAAGCCUUGUCAUACACAUGGGGGUCAACCGGGUCGACUGCACUCGUGACAAUUAACAAUCAUCCACUCAACAUCACCAUCAAUGCAUUCGCGGCCCUCGAGAGCCUGCGUACGCGACGAGCGACUCGUACUAUAUGGAUAGACUCGAUCUGCAUCGACCAGGAAAAUGACGAUAAGAAGAAUGUCCAGCUGCCACUUAUGGGCGACGUGUACCGGUCCGCAGCAGUGGUUAACGUCUGGCUCGGCCGCACCAAGGAACACCACGAACCGAGCUUCAGGGUCGGCAAUUUGUUCAACCCUGAACUUUGGAGCCGGACGUGGCGGGAAGUCCGUGGAGAUAUUAAAGCUCAAACCAUCGGGCCCGACGACUUGAUCAAUGCACCCGAUAUUAAUCGGCAGGCUCGCCAGCUGACUAUUUCCAACAUUCGAUCCGAUCUUCAACUGUUCUGGUACUCUCUGCGCGGCAGUCACCUCGCUCUAGCAAGUGCCAUCGAGAUGAACGACCCCUGGCACCGACGCCUUUGGAUCGUGCAGGAGUAUUUGCUUGCUAAGCGGUUGCAGUUCGGCUUUGGCUACCACUGGGUUUCAUGUGAUAUUUCCCAUCUUCUGAAAUGGGCAAAGGAUGAUAGUUACAAGGUUGCCUCGUUCAAGGGCGCCCUAGGCUGGGAUUUUGAGGCUGUGCGGCUGAACCUUUCCUGGACAGUGGGCGAGCGCUACACAUCUCUCGGUGGUCUGCAAAGUAUCCUUCGUACCCAGCAGUGCUACAGGCCCCAAGACAUGAUAUAUGGAAUGCUAGGUCUCAUCGAUCCCUACGAGGCUGCUCUGAUCACAAAGAACAACAAAAUGGAUCCUUGGGAGCUCGGCUUGAUUGGCUUGAUUGUUGACAUCUCUGUUGCCCAGGGAACGUACGCAGCAAUCCGGGGCGAGACCACGUUCCACGUGCUUGAUAUGGUGGACUUGAGAGCCACUCGUGAUGAGAAUGGGAGGCCAAGUAAUCCUCAAGCGUGGGUAGAAGCCCAUGGCAAGCUGAGCGAACGGCUGCCAUCUUGGUCGAUUGACUUUGCCCGCUUUCCCAAGCGAGGCUCUUGGAAGCAAGGCGCCUGGAGCGGUGUUGAUCUAGCAAGGCGAAGAGAACAGCUCUCAAGGCGUUGCACUCUUUCCAAAACUACCGGCAAACUGUGCAUUAAAGCUGUGCCGUUUGACAGGAUCAUCGCCCAAUUCCCAGUUGAGACGCCGUCCGACGAGAUGAAUCUUGAAGAGGACGAUAUUGUUUACAAGCUUCUUUUCUCGGUAAUUUCUCCAACUCUUCGCAUAACACUGAUGGCCAAAGAACUGGUAGCCGCCGGUAAUGCCCAUCGCGACAUGCCGCUAUUAGCCGCACGCCUUUUGCCGCCGCAGAUCAGCGCCGAUGACUUGAGCGAGAUCUUAGGCGAUGCCGAAAUGUUCUCACGUCGAACUCAUUGUUUUCUAUCAAUUGCAAUGCCGGCGGCAGCCAACAUGACCAUGGAAAUUUCUGGGCCUUCCGGAGAGGUGGAUCAAGUUCUCCACUACCGAGUGACUGGCGGAAAUAUUGCUGAACCAAAGCAUGAUCCAACCAUUAACGCGAUCAAGGCCGCAUGCUUGCUUUGGGCCUCGUUAGUCGACACUCCUGUGAACAUGCAACGCUCUGGUCAAGUCUGGGUGAAUGUCGACGACACAGGGAGCUUCGUUCACAACUGCAGCAAGUUGCUCGAAAACGCCACAGCUACUGCAGGUGGUUUGGCAUUUUUUGGCACUAUGAUGGGCGGAUUAGUUGGCAUCGCGCCGCUUGGAAUCGACGAGGGCGACCUGAUCGUUCGCGCGCCGGAUGAGGAAAGCUUCCUAGUGCUGCGGCAACGACGAUCAGGAGUUCACGAUGGCGAUGGAGACGACGCCGUUUGGCAGUUCGUUGGCCGGGCGCUCAUUUUUUCGAUGCACAACACCGAUUCAUGGGAUCGUGACGAGCUGCGCAGUGUUUACUCUUUUGAUGAGGCGCCUACUUUUAACCUAUAUUAGAUAUCGCUAUUCUAUGGAUAGGUAGA